CGCCGGAAGUACUGCGUGCCGUCACUUCCGUCGCAUUGGGGCGCGCCAAGAUGGAUGCUCCGUGGGCUCGGGAACAGCUCCGGCGGCGUUACUUAUUUCCUCCCGAAGCGGAGCUGGACUGCGAGGACGACGCCAGGCCAGAAACUUCCAUAGCUGUUGAGAAAAAGGAGAGACCUCUUCCAAGACUUAACAUUCAUUCUGGAUUCUGGAUUUUGGCAUCCAUUGUUGUGACAUAUUAUGUUGAUUUCUUUAAAACCUUUAAAGAGAAUUUUCACACUAAUAGUUGGUUUCUCUUUGGUGGGGCCUUGUUGUUUGUCAGCCUGUCAGUUGCGUUUUACUGCAUAGUCUAUCUGGAAUGGUAUCGUGGGAUUGAAGAAUAUGAUGUCAAGUACCCAACGCUGGUACCCAUCACAACCGCAACUUUCGUUGCAGCAGGGAUUUGCUUCAACCUGGCUCUGUGGAAUGUGUGGUCAUUCUUCACUCCCUUGCUGCUGUUCACCCAGUUUAUGGGGGUCGUGAUGUUCAUCUCACUCCUCGGAUAAGCUCAAGACUUAAGAACAUGACCAUUUAAAAAGAACAAAGCAUCCAGCUUGUGCCACUGGUGAAGGAGAAAGAAGCCCAGGGUGCACUAGUGUCUCCGAAGUGAGUUGUUUCCAUGGAAAAAUUGUGACUUUCUAAAUCUGCUGUUGAAAUCAGAAUAAAUGAUCUUUUCUCUCGGGUGUUCGCAGAAAGUGAUUAAUUGUCAGCAGUUGGUGUUAGACAGAACCAGCAAGUGUUAGUCUUUUUGAUUUUGGAGUCAGUAGUGGCCCAUUACAGGAGCACAGCGCCCACAGUUUUACAGAGCCUGGCCCUUCCACUUGUGGGCUAGCUGCCCUUGUAUAAGAUGACUGGAAGCAAGCAUGAAGGAAUUGUGUUGUCACCUUUAUUACUCACUGGAUAGCUCAUAUUUGUCACAGCUUUUAGGUGAGAGGACCAAACGGAAGCAUUAUAUGGUUUCCUGUUACUUUGGAUUUUAUCAUCAUUAAGUUAUUGGGUUUUUAGCAUUUUCAACAUAGAUACGUUUAAUAAUUUUUAAGUAUAUAUGAUUUGUUUUCUGUAACAUCAAUAAAAUAUUUUUAUAAUUUU